AAAGUUGAGGCGGAAAUAAGUUUACGGAAGGGGAUCCACUCGCUGUCAGUCUUCGCUACUGAAGUCUCAAAACGAGCUUUGGCGGCACUAUUUGUUUAAUUUGUAUUUCAGCGUUGGCUGCUUGCAACUAUUGUAUGUGGCCAUAUUGGUAGAAAUUGCAAGAUUUCGAAGUUGUCGCAACGCAAAAGAAAAGAAGAAGAAGAAGAAGAGACGUUAACUUUUUCGUGUCCGCCCCCAAACAACAACAACAACAACAUGUCGUUUCUGAAGAUAUUUGGGGUGAACACCGACUUCGUCACACCUUAACUCGGCUCGCGGCAUUAGCCGAAGCUAGCUCGCCGCUGUCCCACCUGCGCAGCGACGUCAAGACGGGUGCGGUCAGCGAGAAGGAUCCCGCCGGCUCAGCAUCCAGCUCGACCGGCGUGAGGAUGGAGUUCGCCGCGGCCCAUCCAGCUCUGAAAGCCUUCAUGUGCGGCUCGCUCAGCGGCACAUGCUCCACGCUGCUCUUCCAGCCUCUGGAUCUGGUGAAGACGCGGCUGCAGACCCUGCGGAACACCGCUAAGCCAGGUUCACCAAAAGUGGGCAUGUUCAGCGUUUUCAUCAAUGUGAUAAGAAAAGAAAGUGUCUUCAGCUUGUGGAAAGGAGUUUCCCCUUCAUUCGUCCGCUGCAUCCCCGGCGUGGGCAUCUACUUCAGCACCUUCUACUCGCUCAAGCAACAUUACUUCCUGGACCGGGCGCCCAACGCCGGCGAGGCCGUGCUGCUGGGGGCCGGCGCCAGAGCGGUGGCCGGCGUCUGCAUGCUCCCGUUCACCGUCAUCAAAACGCGCUUUGAGAGUGGCUUUUACAACUACGUGAGCGUGACCGGGGCUCUGAGGAGCAUGUACAAGACGGAGGGAGUGAGAGCGCUGUUCUCCGGCCUCACCGCCACGCUGCUGCGCGACGCUCCCUUCUCUGGGAUCUACGUCAUGUUCUACAGCCAGGCCAAGAGGACGCUGCCAGCAGAGGUGACGUCGUCAGUCUACGUGCCCUUGGUCAACUUCAGCUGCGGUGUGGUGGCCGGUGUCAUGGCGUCGCUGGUCACGCAGCCAGCGGACGUGGUGAAGACGCACAUUCAAGUCCGCCCAUCACACUGCAGCACGAUGAGCGCUAUUCGCUACGUCUACGAGAAACACGGUCUCAGCGGGUUUUUCCGCGGGGCCGUGCCUCGGUCCCUUCGCCGCACUCUGAUGGCCGCCAUGGCCUGGACUGUCUAUGAACAGCUGAUGGCUCGGAUGGGCCUCAAAUCCUGAAGACCGUGGGCGAGACCUUCAGGAAUAUCAUCGAGCCUGUAGCAUAACAGUGUUUUGCGUGUGUGUGUGUGUGUGUGUGUGUUAGAUGCUAAAUUAUUACAACUAUGUGUGAAAAUGUGUACAAUAUCUGCGGGUGUGAGAUUUUGAACUUUGUAGCAACCUCCCGUGAAGAAAAAUGGUUUGGUUUUAAGCUCAGACAAUCACAAACACUCACAGAUGCAUUGUGGAAAGGAAUCUUGGCUUAUUGUUAUACUGCUCUAAUAUUUUUUAUUAGGUCACCGAAACUAAUAUUUAGUCAAACAUCAUGUAUGUGACUUGGAACUCUUUGAAGACUUUUUCUAUUUGUAUUUAUUAUAUUUUAUUUUUUUCUAUACGAAGUUUGUUUUCCCUUCUCUUCAGUCUUACCUAAAUAGGGUUCACUGAGCUCAGUAUUUCAAUUUAUUUGCAGCUAUCAGAUGUUUCCAGAAUUUUCAUUUCCUGUUGACUAAUCGAAUAAUUGGAUGGGGGGGGAGCAUUAAAAUGUAUUGCAAAGUCUUCUGAUUAGUGUUUAACUGAUUGUUGUUUGUAUUGUUUAAUUAUACAACAAAAUCAUAUGAACAACAAUUGAGUAAUAUUACAUGAAAGGGAGUGACGUACUCAAAACUUUUUGACAGUAAGAGCUGCUCUCUGGGUUGUGAGUAAUGCGAAGGGCUACUAGUUUGAUGCACUUCUGCGACUGCUUCAGGUUUAAUUACCUUUCAAUUUCAUCUUAUCAGUACUAUGUUUGCAAAUAAUUCGUUUUGUAAUAUAUUAAACCAUAAUCUUUUAAAUAAACGGAUGAAGAUUCAGUUACUGGUUCGGGUUCUACAUGCCAGGAAAUAGGGAAAAAUGUAUACAGUAGCUUUGUUUUUCAAAAUAAAAGCAGAUGUCUGCACGUGUCUCAUUUUGAUGAAACACAAAGUCCACAGAAAUCUGACUAUUUACUGCGGCUGAAAUUGGAAAAUUUGGGACAAUUUUAAGCACAAAAAAAAUCUCUAAAUGAUUAUUUGAUUAUCACAAAAAGUUGAAUCAAUUUAAUUGAUUAAUCAUUUCACCUUUUGUAUUUGCAAGAUAGCAAGGUUGAUAUUUAAAUGGCACAUUUCCUUCAAUAGUGGCUGUGCUCUAAUUGGUUGCCGGGUGCGUCUUUUUUUCAAGACGGGAAAGUAAAACUCGCAGUGUGUGUAGCUAUCUCGGUUUAUUCAUAGAUUGUUUACACUUAAAAUGAAUUACAGUGUUGCAGUCUGAUUUUGUGACGUAAUUGUGCCGUGUUAAAUCUGAUCUUUUGUUUUGUAGACACGAUUAGCGCUCCAGUUGACUGAUGCCUCACAACCUAAAAUCAAGGCCUCCGUCCUCCGCUAACCUUGACAAACAUGUUCGUCCGUUCGUCUUCUGAACGUCUGCAUAAAUGUACUUUUCACCAGUUACUGGUUAAAAACAACUGACGGCACUUAUCAUUUAUUGAUAUUUCGUCUGUGCAAACACUGCCAAACACGUGCGCUUCCAGUACACGUUUCUGUCGUUGGCCGUGACAUGGAGGCCGGCGAAAAGUGUCUUACUCCUCCUUGAGUGCACUCCUGUCUCCGUCUAUGGUGACUACAUUGUUGUUGUACAUAUCUUGUCUAGACAGUGUCGCUUCGGACAUUGUGCCUGUCGCUUUCUUUUGUCAAUAAAAAUACAUUUUCAAUGAA